UUCGUGAACGUAACCACAUUUAAUAGUUUUCUAUUCGCUUCAUGUCAUCAUAAGCCUUCAGUUGAGUAAGAGACCAUCGGCUAUUAGGAAGGGGGGGGGGGGGGGGAAAUAUGAGUUAUAUAUUAACAUCGGUUACAAAACUUGCGUGAUGUUUUUCCGUAAAAGGAGACACGCAGUUACGUCAUAUUGGCGACAGGUAUGAGGCGGACGCUGUCAUUGCGACCGAUUGUAUUAUUAUUGAGUGCAAAUCGCGCUUCUCUUUUGCCUCCGACUUCGUGCGAACGAAGCGUCUUUGCACACUUUCUCGGCGGAGAGUCGACGCGUGACAGCUCCAGCAUGGAUCUCAGUGACAUGAGGAAGAAGUACAAAGGAGACGAGGAGUGUUUCGAGGAGGACCAGCUGACUUCUCUGGACCCAAUCGAGCAGUUUGGAAGCUGGUUCGACGAAGCCACCAAGUGCCAUCAGGUUGGCGAGGCCAACGCCAUGUGCAUCGCCACGGCAACCAAAGACGGCCGGCCGUCGGCCCGCAUGGUCCUGCUCAAAGGUUACAGCGACUACGGCUUCCGAUUCUUCACCAACUACGAGAGCCGCAAGGGAACGGAGCUGGAGAGCAACCCUCACGCUUGUCUCGUCUUCUACUGGGAACCUUUGAACAGACAGAUCCGCAUCGAGGGCGAGGUGGAGCGCAUCCCCUACCAGAGCUCUCGCGAUUACUUCCACUCGCGGCCAAAAAGCAGCCAGAUCGGGGCGGUGGUGAGCCGGCAGAGCACGCCGGUUCCCGACAGAGACUUCCUGAGGGGGAAGAACGCGGAGCUAGAGGAGAAGUACAAGGACACACAAGUGCCCUUUCCAGACUACUGGGGGGGCUAUGUGGUGAAGCCCCAUCUGAUAGAGUUCUGGCAGGGUCAGACCAACAGGCUACACGACCGCAUCGUCUUCACCAAAAUGGCCGCCGACGCCGAGCUGGGAGAGCAUCAGCGGCGUGGCGAGGGGGGUUGGGUUUACCAGCGACUCUCCCCGUGAGCGCCGGACAGAACUUCAAAAUCUUCAUCCUGACUUAACUUGAGUGCUUGCCCCCCCCCCAUCUAGUAAUCCCCUGCCACAAAUAGCAAAAAAAAAAAAAAAAAAAAACAAAGUCAGUAAUUGACGUCCCCCCAAAUGUUUUGAAUUUCCAUAAAUUAAUAGUUUAAACCACUACCUUGAAAAAUACUUGGCUCUUAAAGUACCUUAACUACAAAAUUAUACACAGUUUGAACAUUAACACCGUACUUAAUGAUUCAAUAAAAAUAUAUUGCACAUGAGUUUUUGUUUUUUUUAAUGUCAAUAUAUGUUUGAGAACAAACUGUUUCACAAUAGGAAUUGCAAAUUUAUUGUCAAGUUAAAUACAACUGAACUGUACAUAAAUGUACUGUCAUGGAUUAAAAAAAAAAAAUAAUACAUAUACAUUAUGCACUGUUUGAUCAUUUAAUUCAGUGAUUCUUUGGCAUACCACUAGAGGGAGCCUGCGUAACGCUUCGAGAAUCACUGGUCUCGAUCGUAAAAAUUCAAAACUUCUCAUUUCAAACUGUUCUUAGAAAAUUACCCUUAAAAAUUAAAGUUUGAAGCAUAGAAUCAUCUAAAAAAGUAUUUAUAACGAAUUAAGAUGAUGACAAAACCUAAUUGUUUCAAACUCAUUUCAUAACUCCACUAAAAAUAAAUUGCUUGCACUCAGUUUGAUUUAAAAGGAAAUGCAGCAAUGCAAUUGAAGUGCACAUGCACAUGCAGCGAAGACUCUGUAACUUCUGCUAACAACCCAGGCUAAUCUUAGCCCCUCCCUGACAUCUGAGUCGAGAUGGAUCAGUUGAGCAUACCUCCUCGACACAAAUUAUUGCUUUCCUAUUUCGACGGUGUUGGCGUUUUAGAAAGAGCACAAAAAAGUGUGCAUUUUUCAGUGAUUAGCUGCGGAUAGCUUCGACAAAAAAAAAUGGCAAUGUGUGAACUGUGAAUAUCCAUACAUAAUCCAUACUGCCUGCAGCCAUCCUGCAUUUUAGUGCCCUUAAAAGUGCUGCUGAUUGUGUCCAUUGUGUGUAUCUUAUACAGAUGUUUCAUUUUUCAUUAAUAAAUGAAUGGUUUGUUAAGA